UCUUUUUAUUGUUCUAAACUCGUGUAACCAUCAGCAACAGGUCCUUCCCAUCAGGGCCAGCUCUGAGCCAGAUUUAAUCUUAUCCAGGUACUGAAGCUGGGCAUUAACGGGUCCUUUCUGAAACACACCUCACCUCUGCCAUCCACCUUCUUCCUCCCGCAUGCUCAUCCAGCAUGCUGCCUCUCAGGAUGUUGGGCUUCCUCAUGCUCAUGCUUUCCCUGUGUGAUGCAGACAAUUUAUGCCCCACUGACCUCAACCCUCUCACCCUGGAUCCCCCUGAGGUUAUAUAUGGAUAUGAAGAGUCAGUGGUGGUUAACUGCAUCAGCACAGAGGACAAUCAUGCGGGGAUGUACUGGACUGUUGGAAACACAGACCAUCCAGUGGAAUAUGACAAUAGUUCUAUCCAAGUGUCACUGUCAAACUGGAAUGUAAAGGCAGAGUGCAAAAUAAAUCUAACUGGCACUUAUGAAUGCAGCAAAGACCUUAAAAUCACUGUAUACAAGAAUCCAGAAAUGGUCCGUGUUUUUUCUGCACGGUCUGUACCUAUCGAGGAAGAGACACCAUUUGAACUGCAGUGUGAUAUCAAAAAUGUUGCUCCUGUUCAAAACCUCACUGUGAGGUGGUACAAAAACAAUCAAGCCAUCAGGGAAGACUCGUUCCCCAACCCAACCAAAACACCAGUAAAUGAGUCUUCUACUUUUGUAGUCAACAUCCGCAGAGAAGAAAACGGAGCUAAGUUCAGAUGUGAGGCUCAGCUGGACUUUGGGCCACAUGGACCACAACCUGUUACUUCUGACACAUACAUUGUAGCCUUGCACUAUGCUCCUGAGCUCAAGAGCAAAACGGAAGAUGUCUAUGUGGAUGAGGCAGACAUUGUCACCCUGAACUGUGACGCUGAGGGGCACCCUCCUCCCCACUUUCAUUGGACAUGUGAUGGGUUAAAUAUCUUGGAGAACACAAAUAAUCUCAGCAUCACAGUAAUCACCAGCACAGCCUGCAACUGCACAGCUACCAACUAUCUGGGAAGAAUAAAUAGACAAAUCCAUGUUCAUGUGAUACCUAAAGGUUGUCCCAUAGUAGUGACGCCUGCUGAAAUGGUGGUGAGAUUUGGAGAUCCAGCUUCAGUUAACUGCAGCACAGAUGCAGAUGUUCAACAAAUAGGCUGGGAGGCACCAGUUGGAGCCACGUCAAGUUCAGAUCCUGCUGUCACCUGGAAAGUUGAAAAACUGGAAGACUGGCAGAUAACACCUUUGUGUUUCAUUAACCUAAAAAAUAAUAACCAGUGUUCUAAGAAGCUAACCAUUACUCUUUAUAAGACUCCAGACAUUGUGUCAGUCUCUGCGUUGGAUGAUGGGCCGAUGGUGGAGGGCACAGAGUACCACUUGAAUUGUGACAUCAUCAAUGUGGCUCCUGUGCAGAAGCUCAAAGUGACGUGGUACCGCGGCAAUGAAACUGUGCACACAGACGUGUUUAACGAGACCAGUAAGGUCCCAGUAGAUGUGUCCUCUACCUUAAGAGUCACUCCGGUGGGAGAUCACAACGGAGCACCUUUCAUAUGCAAGGCUGAGCUACAGCUUGGACAAAAUGGACCAGAGACGGACACUACUGUAACUUCAUCUCCUUACAUGGCUGUUGUGCACUAUAAACCAGUGCUGAAAGCUUGUCCAGGCCAUUACGGUGGUGUGGAGCAUGAGUUUAGUAUGGACAAGUUGCCCUGUCUAGCUGAUGGGAACCCUCCACCCAUUGUGAUGUGGUACUUUGAUGGAGACCUGAUCAAUGCGUCUGAGCCCCUCAACAGGACUCAAUCAGGGAACUACACAGCCGAAAUUUACAAUAGCCUUGGCAGGAGCACCACCUCUAUCGUUAUCACAGUCGAAUAUGGCCCUUUAUUUUCGUGUAAACAUCACUACAAGGUUAAAGAGAAUGAGAAUGGUAGGAUCCUGUGUGAACCAGAGGGAAUUCCUAAACCUACCAUCACCUGGAAUAAAGAUGGACAUGAGAUUGAUUCUUUACAGCGCUGGACAAAGCACGAUAGUGGCAAUUACUCACUCUUUGCAACCAACAAACAUGGAACAGCCAAUCACGUUCUACAUCUUGAAGUUUUGUAUGUCCCCGUGUUCAAGGAGGGAACGUACAAGAAGGAGGUGAACCUGGGUGAAAAUGUGAUUAUUGACUGCAGUGCUGAGGGCAACCCUGUCCCUGAGAUCCUUUGGACCUCCAGCCCUGCAGUAAAUAUGAAAAACAUCACCUGGGGGCGCCAGAAGCUCAUCCACAUCACAGGAGCCACGUCAACCCAUGCUGGUGUUUACAGCUGUGAUGCCAUCAAUGAAGUUGGGAGAGUGACAAAAUCUGUGACGCUGACGAUAAAAGAUAAAACCAAGGAAGUCUCAUCAACAUCCAAAUGGUGGCUAGUUGUAUUCAUCGCCAUCCUCAUCCUCAUCCUCCUCAUCUUCAUCCUGAUCUGGGUCCACAAGCAAUGCAAAAAACAUGGACAAUAUAGUUUUGUCCCUGACAAAACCAACGAGGGUUCAGACAUCCCAAUGACUCCGUCUAAUGGGGUACACGCUUAGGGUAUUACUUGCUGUAUGUGUAAGAUUAAUAUGUCAUUUGUCUUCUUGCAUGACAGGAUGACCUGUAAAUAUUGUAUGUACAUUUUGACUUUGAUAUGGUACAAUUCUAGGUUUACACCAAUGAAGACCGAUGUCAGAAUUAUUAAUAAUGAGAAGUCUUGUUUUCCAAAAAGUGGCACUGACAAAGCAAGUGUAUUAACCUGAUUUCUUUCUUUGUGGUGCAUUCAAUUCUAACCUAGGUUUUUAUUUACAAUUCUUAAUAAAGUUACACAAUAGCCU